GGUACUGAAAAUGUGGGAUCUGGAAAACAAAAAGCCACAUGGCCGGAUGAGGUAGUAGCUAUAUUUUGUGAUAUAGCUGCUAAGGAAGUGGCCAAGGGAAACAGACCUGGUACACAUUUUGAUAAAAAAAGGAUGGUCAAAUGUUGUCAUGGCCUUUAAGGAGUUAACCGGAAAGGAUUACGAUAAAAGCCAACUGAAAAAUAAGUGGGAUUCACUGAAAAAUGAUUGGAAAUUGUGGAGUUCAGUUAUGCAUAAGGAAACUGGUAUUGGAUGGGAUCCGGCUAAGAAAACUGUCGACGCACCUGCUGAAUGGUGGGAAUCCAAAAUUCAGAUCAAUCCAGAGUAUCGCAAGUUUUGGGAAGUGGGAAUUAGUCCUGAAAUGAUGGUUGUUUAUGACAACAUGUUCAGGGGUAGCACAGCCCUAGGUCACUUUGUCAUGAUUCCCUCGGCUACCAUAGAUAUUGAAGAGGUUGUGGAGGAUUCAGAGCAUAAUUUAAUUUCUGGAGAUGAUGAAGAGGAUUCUGACCAAGAUAAUGAACGUAGAGGCAAAAAGAGAACAAAUUUGGAGCGCCAAACAGAGGUUGAUAAAGAAAAAAAAGGAAAAGGAGUUAUGGGAGGGCCAAAGGGGAAGAAAGAAAAGGUGGGAGGUGCGGCGAAAUUGUCUAAACAAAUCGAUCGUCUUGUUGAUGUAGUCGAGAGUAGGAGUACAGCCACAUCUGUACGUGAUAAUGGUACAUCACCAGGAACUAGUAUUCAAGAGGUGAUGAGAGUUGUUGCAACAUUACCAGGAGCAGAAACCGGUACCAAGCUAUGGUGGUUUGCAACGGAGUUGUUCUGCUCUCAGGAGAAGCGAGAGUUGUUUUCUAUUAUGACAGAUGCUGAUCUCAAGCUCCAGUUUCUGAUUCUUAAUAAGAAAAAAGCUGAAAAUUAAGUAGGAUGAUCCUACUUUGUAACAUGAUGCGUGAUGCUUGUCGUUUACACCUAAGCUGAGCUCUUUUCUAUUUUUGUGAUUUUCCGGGUUUGAAAUAUUGAUUGUUGUUCAUU